AUGGUGAGCUCGCCGGACAGCAAAGUCUUCGGCGAGAAUGUUAUUGACGAAAAGUUGGUAAGAAAGCUAUGCUUUGGAGGGGUGAGGAACAAGUACCGAGGAGUUGCAUGGAGGAUUCUCUUUCAGGUUGUUGGGUUGAAAAAACAAUUUCACAGAGAGGAGGUCGAGGUCGGGCAUGCUAAAUAUGCUGAAAUGGUGGCUCGGAUGGGAUGUUCUUGCCAAAUGGGUGAGUAUUUCUAUGGGGGAAGAGAUUUGAACAUAGACAAAAGCAGCCUUGAAAACCUAAACAAGACGAAACAUCAUGCACUUAAGUUGCCUGAAAAGAUAGUGCAUCAAAUUGAUCUUGACAUAAAAAGAAUAGAUCUUAGAUACAGGACUUAUCUAGGAGUAGAUAUAUCAUAUAUGUAUUACCGUGUAUUAUGGCUGAUUGCAUAUAAAAGACCGCUACUUGGAUAUAUCCAAGGAAUGGCUGAUAUUUUGGUUCCUUUUGUCUUUGUUUUUUCGCAUGAAGAUGUCGAGAGAGCUGAAAGCAAUGCCUAUUUCUGUUAUGCUCGGUUACUAGAUGAGACACAGCACAACAUAAUGGAUCUACAAACAGGAAUGAUUAAAAGUCUGGAUUUUGUUUUGCAGAUGGUAGACCCGGACUUGCAUAAGUUCCUGAAAGACAUUGGGUUAGAAAUACAUAUGUUUGCAUUCAGAUGGUUUAAUUGUUUCUUUACCCGAGAAUUCAAGAUUCCAAUUCUGCUCAAGGUUUUGGAUACUAUUUUUUCCUCUGACAGCAUCAAUGAGUCUUUGCUGUACUUUGGAGUAGCUCUUCUGAUGAAGUUCAAGCCUGUUUUGAUUGAGAACGACUUUUCUCAUAAUAUCCUGUUUUUGCAAAGCAUAUACGAACAGACUUGGGAAGAAGCAGAAAUAGAGCUUGUUUUGUCAUCAGCGAAAUUUUAUAGAAAAGUGACUUCUAAGCAACUGCUUUGGUCUCGGUUCUGGGGUUGA